GCUGUAUCAAAAAUCUACAAAAAUGGUGUAGAACACUGACCAAAUAGGUAUUUAUUACUUACAGAGGAUGACAUACAUUUCGAAGGGUGAAUACACGGCACGUGUUAGCACUUUGCAUGUCAGCCGUUUGAUGAGCAUGUCAUUAUUUCACACCGAUAUACCAGUACAGGAGCAACUUGAUCAGAUAAUAGUUUAACACCACCAGCAGAAUGCAAGUGACAGCAAGAACGAGAGUGAUAGCAAGGAACAAUGGAGGAAUACCAAACAUGCCAGAGUAUCACUUUACUCAACAAAAACAUGUUAAUCACGUUCAAAACAAUUUGUUUCAACAUCUAAUUAUUAACCAAUAGCGCCAAAACUCUACGCACCAAAUGAAGCGCUCACUUCUUUUCUUAUCAAUAUUCAGCGUAUAUCGGGCACUAAACCUUCUUGAUCGAUGCAGACUCUACAACAUUGAUCCCAAACAUUGCCAAAGCUCGAUAUACGUGCCCAACACAUACUAUGAUAAUUAUUUAAAGAGCUUCAACAUGCCGAUACAGAAGGAUCCAGAAUGCAACACGAAGAACUGUCUGAUAGUAGUAUACAAGGAACCGCCGCGGAUAGCCGUUAAUUCCACCGGAUCUUCUUCAAAUUAUUGUGAAAACGGGUUUAAUCUGCAGAACUUCUCAGUAUGUAUGCCCAGCAUGCAAUACAGUACAAAUGUCCAAACCAUAACUCCUGGCACCGAACCACCCGGCAAAAUCGUCAUCCAAACAUUGACAAUAACCACCUCAAGCACGAACGAUACUACAACGCUGACGGGAGUGACACCUAGUGUAAUAACCAAAACCGUGGUCAUAACACAAACGGAUGAUGACACAACAACAGAAGAGAGAAAAACAGAUUCGAAGACGAAGUCCAAAAAUAAGACCAAGACAAUAACCAAGGAGGUGACAAAAACAGUUGAUAAAACGUCAACCAAGGAUUGUGAAAAAACAUCUGACGGAGAGAGCAGUAAAACAUCGGAUUGUAGUUCGGAGACGAAGUCGGAAUGUUCUAAGGAUGCGCAGACAAAGGGGAGUAAAACAAAGACUGUAACAGUGACAAAGGGGGAAAGCGAAACGGACGGUGAGAAAACGAAAACUGUCACGGUUCCUGCAACCGUACAGCCACCAGAUGAUAAGAAAACCACCGAUCAGACCACCACGCCAACUCAGUCCUCGCAAUCUAGUUCAACACAAACCACGCCACCUCCUGUGCCGCCAACAACAAGCAUUCCGUACAUAAACAUUGAACAGAUAAAGAAAAUAAUAGAACAGAAAGAAAAGUUGUGUAAAUUCGGAAGAAACGAUGAUAAUUCGUGCAAGAGAUGUGAAGGAGAAGGCUGUUCUAAGUCAAAAAAGUGCAAACGAAAGAAUGAGGAGGAUUGCCACGGCGAUGAAACAGACGAAGAUGGUUCUGAUGAGGAUCAGUCAGACGAACAGGAUGGAAAAGGGCAUUCGAAGGACAAAAAGAAACAUUCUAAGACGAAUACUAAGGAUGGUAAGAAGAAUAAGACCACGGAGGGAAGUAGAGAAAAAUAUAUCACGCUGUUAAGGUACAAGACAAGCACCGUUACAAAUGAAAUUCCCAUUACUUUGUACAGAGAACUACUCAAGACAGUUGAAAAGGAAAAACCUCUAACCAGGUACAAAGUAACUACCGUUAAUAAUACGGUGACUAGGACCGUCACAAAGGACAAGUACAUGACAAUGACGAUUACAAAGGCAAAAGAGGUAACCAUUACACCAGAUCAAAGUGAUAAAAAAGAAUCUGAUACAAAGACAAGCGAUUUGACAAAACCACCGAAAGAAACGGUUUCUAAAACUGAUGAACAGCCAUCUAGCUCCCAAACUAAAGCAUCCACGAGUAAAGAUGGAGGUAAAAAGAUUGUGACUGAAUAUGUUGAAAGCAAGGAAGCUGUCGAAACGGUCACUAUGACAAUCCCGCCUGCUAUAAAAACGGAAACAAUAAGCGAACAGGAAAAGGCCAAAACCGCCACAGAACAGGAUGUUCCGAUUGAAACAGCCAAGCCAAAAGAAGAGGUUAAAAGUAUUUCAACAGAUGAUGAGCUUAGUAAGAAACUCAUGCCGCUGUUCGGUGGAAUCCUUGAAAAGAUUUCAAAGGAUUUGAUCAUCAAAGAAAAACAGGGAAAGCGAAGACAUACCACGACAUCAGCCGAGAAAAAGACAAAUUUUAUCACAGUAACGAAGUUGGAAACGGUAACAAUCACCAAGAGUGCAGAUAAUGAUAGCGAGCGUGGCAAGAAAGUUGUUUUUAAUACCGUAUACGCCAAGGCAAAACCCAAGAUGAUUAAGUGCAUGCCUGUCAUGGUUAACAACGCGAACUGUUUAAUUACGCAAGAAGGUGUGGUGUUGAAGACCGUGUUUAAGGACAAUAAGGAUGCCUAAUGGUUCGUGUUUGCGGAGCAUUUUAUAGAGCUACGUAACUUUGUGC